UUACAUAUCCUUAUUUGUGAUACGUCCACCUACACUGUCCGCAUGCUGGAUAAGGAUGGGUAUUUUCUUCAAUAUUUACUGACGACUGAGGAUGGAAUAACUGAGUUUCGAGGUUUGAGUUACCAUUUCAAAAAUGAUCUUUGGGUUGGAUCUUUGGACGACAACACUCUGUCCGUGUUUAAAUACAUAGAGAAGGAAAACACACCGCAAGAUGACAAGGAUACAAUCAAGGAGAAAGCAAUUGAAAAGGAUUUCCCGGGGACCAAAUCAGCGAGCACCACAAAGAUAAGUGAAACUGAGGGCGCCACUCAAGUGACUGAAACUGGAGACACUACUGAUGAGGCUGAAACUAAAGACACCACCGAGGUUACCAAAACUGGGGACACCACGGAAAUGACUGACACUAAAGACUACUUAUGUGACUGAAAAUGAAUACCACACUGAUGUAACAGAAACUGUAGACAUCACUGAAGUGAAUGAAACUAAAGACGCAACUGUCA